AUGGGUGUGAUGUUGGAGACUAUGAAACAUCAAGCAAAGGACCAAGUUCAUUAUUCUCCAGAACUACUGUGUUUGAAGUUGGCAGUACGGUGGAGACUUCUGAAAUUUACUGCAAACACAAGAAACAUGGAUUCCAAUACCUUCCAGAAUGAAUUCAUUUGUUCCGUUUGCAUGAAUUACUUUAUAGACCCGGUCACCAUAGGCUGUGGGCACAGCUUUUGUAGGCCUUGUCUCUGUAUCUGCUGGGAGGAAGCCCCACAUCCUCCUAGCUGCCCUGUGUGCAGGACAACAUCACAUGAAAUAAUCUUGAAAACCAACAUCGUAUUGAAGACACGGGUGUUUCUUGCCAGACGGGCAAGACCAUACCAAUUACCCAGUUCUGCAGAAGACAUCUGUGGGAUACACAGAAAAACUAAGAACUUCUUCUGUGAGGUUGUCAAGGACGUGCUCUGUUCACUGUGCUGUAAGUCUAAGGAGCAUGUGGGUCACCGACACUGUUCCGUUGAUUGGACUGCUGAGGAAUACAGGCAAAAGCUCCUGAAGCAAAUGAGGUCUGUGUGGGAAAAGACACAAGAAAAUCAGAGAAAUCUAAACCGAGAAACCAGCGUAAUUCAAAUGUGGAUGCAUUUUGGAACCAUGUUGAAAAGGAGUGAGUCUGUGCAGCUUCACAUGCCCCAGCCUGUGAACCCAGAGCUCAGUUCCUGGCCCAUCACUGGACUGAUAGACAGGCUCAACCAAUUCCAAGUAUAUAUUUCCUGGGAAGAUGAAAUAGCCGCUUGUCACGUGCCCCUGUUUGAAGAUCUGAGACAUUUGCUCUCUACUCCUGCUCUUCUCGAUGUUGUCCAUAAUCCAACAAGGUCAAAGUGUUUCCUCGCAUGGGGAGCCCAGCCAUUCACUUCUGGCCGACAUUACUGGGAGGUGGAUGUGGGGGGGUGUGGGAACUGGAUCAUUGGAUUUUGUAAUGAUUCCUGGACAAAGAGGAAUGACAUGAUGGUUAACUCCGAGGGGAUUUUUCUACUUUUCUGUGUCAAGGAGGAGACUUGCUGCCGUCUCUUUACCUCCUCCCCACUCCUGCCUCACUACGUGGAAAGGCCUCUCGGCCCCGUAGGGGUGUUCCUGGAUUAUGAAUGUGGUACACUGAGCUUUGUUAAUGCGGCCCAUAGUUCCCUCAUCUGUAGUCUCUUCUCCUGUUCCUUCUCUUCUUCUCUGCGACCUUUCUUUUGCAGUCCGCUAGAAAGACUAUCAGGGCGGAGGAACCAGAGCCCAGGGCUGGAGCGAACGUUGCCGCGGGUCCAGGGCGCGCCGUGGGGCCGCAGCGAGGCGCGGGUCGCGGGAGGCUCGGUGGGCGCCGGGAUGUGGAACCUGCUGCCCGAGACCGACUCGGCCGCGGUCGCCGGGCGCCGCCCGCGGCAGCUCUGCGCUGGGGCCCUGGUGCUGGCCGGAGGCCUCUUCAGCCUCGGCUUCCUCUGCGGUAGGGGCGCGCUCCCCGCGGUCCUCGGCGCCUCCCCAGCAGCUCCGCGGCCCUGGGACCCGCGGGCCGGCUGCCGACGGGGUCCUGCUGCUGAUCUCCCCGAGGGGCGGCGCUUUGGGCGCGGGCCGCGUGGGGAGGAGCCCCCGCGAGUUAGGUGGUGCCAGCGUUGCCUGGGGGGCGGUGCAGGGUUGAGCUCUACACCGGCUGCUUGUAGGACGGCGUCACCCAGGUCAAGGCGUAGAAUGGAGAGAACCUGA